GCAUGGCGCUGACUGUGGACGUCAUGGGGCCAGCGCCCUGGGGCUUCCGCAUCACUGGGGGCAGGGAUUUCCACACGCCCAUCAUGGUGACCAAGGUAACGGAGCGGGGCAAGGCCCAGGCUGCUGACCUCCGGCCUGGUGACAUCAUCGUGGCCAUCAAUGGGGAGGAUGCCCAGGGCAUGCUCCACGCGGAGGCCCAGAGCAAGAUCCGCCAGAGCCCCUCGCCCCUGCGGCUGCAGCUGGACCGGUCCCGGGCCGCCUCUCCUGGGCAGACCAACGGGGAAAGCACCAUGGAGGUGCUGGCCACACGUUUCCAGGGCUCAGUGAGGACACACACUGACAGCCAGUCCUCCCUCCGGUCCUCCUGUUCCAGCCCAGCCUCCCUCAGCCCCCAGCCAUGCAGCCCCUUCUCCACCCAGGCCCCCACCAGCCCGCAUGCCCUUGCUGGGGAGGCGGUGAUGAGCCGAAGUUCCCAGAGCCUGGCACACAACCCAGGACUCAUUGCUGCUGACCGCCUGUCCUAUGGAGGCCACCCCGGACGCCGCCAGUCUGGCCUCGGCCUCGCUGGCGACUCAGCAGUGCGGGUGCUGCCGCCUUCCCCGGGCCCCCAGCCCUCCAGUCCCAGACUCAGUAUGGAUUCGGAGAGGGGAAGCCAACUCCUGCGAGAGGACUCGGAGGUCUUCAAGAUGCUGCAGGAGAAUCGUGAGGGGCGGGUGGCCCCCCGGCAGUCCAGCUCCUUCAAACUCUUGCAGGAAGCCCUGGAGGCCGAGGAGAGAGGUGGGGCUGGCCAGAAGCUGGCACGAGGGUGUGUAGUGCCUGGAGUCACCAGCUCCUACCGCCGGAUCCCGGACGCCUGCGGAGAGUGCUCAUCGGACUCCUGGGAGGGGGAUGGCGAGCUGAAAGGUCUCCGGACGCAGGUGCCGCUUCCCAAACUGGCCUUCCUGGACUCGGGAGUGGAGAUGGCCGUUGGGGACAGCUCCUGGGCCAUCUCUCCACGCCUUUCUCAGGACUCCCUGGACUCUGAGCCCGUGGGGAGCCCUGAGCCCCUGGUCCUGCCCAUGGAGCCUUCUGCCCACUGGGGCCGGCUCCUGGCCAGCCGGAAGCUAGAGCGGGUGCUGGAGCGGUCCAGCCAGCUCCCGACUUCACCUGCCAGCUUGUCACACCACCACCGCUCCCGGAAGCCUACAAGGAAGCCUGAGUAUGAAAUGCCCCCUGUUGGAGCAAGGGACCAGGGGGCCACCAACGCAGAAACUGACCUAGAGGCAGGCCUGGGAGAAGCAGAGGUGGGGAGGGGCAUGGGGCCUGAAGCCGGGGCCUGCCCUCCUGGGCAGGGUCUUCACUACCUGGAACACCUGUGCCUGGUGCUGGAGCAGAUGGUGAGGCUGCAGCAACUCCACCUGCAACUGCAAGCCCAGAGGCCCCCUGGGGGCCCUGUAGAGAAGGAGGAGUCGACUGUGGCCCCUUCACCUCCACCCUCUCAUGCCCCAGGCAGUGAGGUGCGGGGGUCAUGGGAGCUGCUCAGCCAGACUCGGGAGACAGGCGAAAAAGGAGCUUCACCCCCAAAGGUAGGGGUGCCCAGUGCCAACCCUUUCAGGCUGUCCAGAGUCCCAGCAGAACCCGCUCACACCUUUCAGUCCUCCCAGAGUCACAAGCGGGAUCUCUCCCACUGGAACAAGGUCAAGGUCCUUCUCAAUCGGAUUCGCUGGAAGAGCCCUCCACACCCUGAGCCUCCUGCCCCUCCUAAUGGCCCUGCUUUCAGAGUUGAGUCAAGGGACCUUCCAUGUCGUCUCCUCAGGAAGACCUUUAUGUCAUCGUUAGUGGUGAAGAAGCAACGAGCAAAAAACCUUUCUGUCUCAGAGACCUCUGGUGCAGGGACAUGACGCUGGCUGGAGGGGUGUGCAGUGAAGUCUUCUUUGCCUUUUGCCCCGUUGCUGUUUUGGGGCACUGCCAGGAAAAGCUGCUGAUGCCUCCCCUUCUCUCUGAGGCGAGAGCCGAGUCUUUCUCCUCUGAGCAGCUUGGCAGAGGAGCCCUGGUUCCCUGGGAGACCCCAAGGUGUGGCAUUUCCUGGGCGCCUUUCUGACUGCCAGAAAUCCCUGCACUAAUUUAUCAGGCAUCCAUGGAGCAUGUUUGGCAUGGUGAUCUGUUGGGGUCCAGUGUGUUGCAGAUAUGUAUGUAUGCAAAAUGAUAUACAUGUACAGUAUCUCUGUUGUGAACUUAUUGGAUCCAAUCAUCUCUCCUGAAUCACACACUCAAAAGGUUGGUCUUCUGGGUGAGGUAAUUGCAGAAGGAUGGGACUGACCUUCAUUCCUCAAUGGACAGUUACUGAUCCUGGAGUCCUGCUUUGCUCCGCAUACCUGUAUUGGAAGCCCCAGGACAGGGAAGGGUGUCUUUGCUUUAAGUCUUGCCCAUAGAGCAGAGCCCUCGAAGACUGCACCAGGAAUGAGAGGGUUAGGGAAAACGGGGGAUAGCAGAGUAACCUUUGUUAGCUGUUUUGCUUCCUACUAGCCUUUACACAUCAGAGCUGAAACCAGGGGCCCACACUAGCUUUUACACCUUCACAAAAUCCCUUAACUUAUCUGAGCCAUAGCUUCCCACUUAAUCUCCCAAAUUGUAUAAUGAUGCUUGACCUACCUACCUCACAGGUUUGUUUUGAGGAUAAAAUAAAAUUAAACUAUCUUAAAGAG